ACAGAGCCUAGGAGUAUAAUCACCAGAAAGGAUUACUUUAAACUUUGUUAUAUAUUAGUCAGUAUUUAUAUAUAAAACGACUCAAAGAAGAAAUGCCUUUUCAAGGCAGCUUGUUAUUGCAUUUCUCUGUAUACUCAAGAGGAAAAGGCCAUUAUUUUUAAGAACACUAUUGUCAUAGAGAAUCAGUCAUUGGAACAAUAAUUCUUAUCUGAUGAGACUAAUCCAUUCUUGUCCUCUGAUCAUUCUCAUUUUUUCUGAGGGCCUCUUAGUUGAUGAUUAAAAAACAGUGGAGCUGUUUUAAAAAACUUAUCUCUCAUUUUGUUUGUUGGCUGUGACUGGCAUAGCAGAUGUGUGUGUCAGUUAUAACCUCAAUGCUUAGUCAGGCUACUCUGAGCUGUAUUUAUUUAAAACACCCCAGCCCCCCACCCCAGCAGUGCCAGUGAACCGGGGUUAGUGGCGCUCUUUGUUUGACAACUGCUGCUGUAUUGUGUGUGUGUGGGUUUUGCUUUUAAUUUCUUUACAGAUGUCUAUCUCCAUUCAGAUGUCCAAUUUUCUCCCAUCCAUGAGCUCAGAUUUCCAGCAUUACAGUUUCAGGAUGCCGAAUAUUGGGUUCCAGAACCUGCCUCUCAAUAUAUACAUUGUGGUUUUCGGCACUGCCAUAUUCGUCUUCAUUCUUAGUUUACUCUUCUGUUGCUACUUGAUCAGGCUCAGACAUCAGGCACACAAAGAGCUUUAUGCCUACAAACAGGUCAUUCUAAAGGAAAAAGUAAAAGAGCUUAAUCUGCAUGAGAUCUGUGCCGUUUGUCUGGAGGAAUUCAAGCCCAAAGACGAAUUGGGAAUCUGUCCAUGUAAACAUGCCUUCCACAGAAAGUGCCUCAUUAAGUGGUUGGAGGUGCGAAAAGUGUGUCCACUCUGCAACAUGCCCGUCCUACAGCUGGCACAGCUCCAUAAUAAGCAGGACCAUGGGCCUCCACAGGGACCCUUGCCAGGGGCUGAGAACAUUGUAUAGCUUCUCCCACACAAAGAACUCUUCCAUCGCAAAAAACAUCACCAGGCGUAAACCCGGGGACUUCUCCAGAGACUCUCAGAUCUCUGAAUCUCUCGCUUUCGGCCUUGGUGCAUCUGCCAGGAUUCCCUUUGUCUCGUGAAGAGCUCCCACAAUGCACUUUAGGGGACGGAGCCAGAUGCUUGGACGUCAGAACAACCAAAGCAAUAUGCCGCCUGCGCAGCCGGAAGACAGAGGGCGGCCGCCUGCCGAGGCGUUUGGGUUAUUUGAGAGCACUUAGAUCGACCCGGUCGCCAAUAUUACACUGGUGCCUGUUUCCGGCUAGCUGACUAGAUGGUGUGCCGAGAAAGAAGGACAGUGUUCCAAGUAUAAUCAGAAAACGUAUGAGGCAAAGUCAAGACCCAGGCCAAGGUGCCUUGAAGGGCAGCUCUUAUGCUGGCAGGGUGUAUCUUCCCAUCUCAAGACGACAAAACCAACCUCCCCCCGCCCCGCCCCACCUUUAAAAACUGCCUUCCCAAGGCCAAACCCAGCCUGAAGUGCGAGUGGCCGAAGAAACAAGCAGGGGCAGGGCUUUAUGUUGUUCCUUUAAGAAGGUUUUUCCCGAAGCUGUGGCAUGACUGAGAGGUUUACAUUUUGACAAUGUCCUGUUAGCAUGGGCAGCACUAGACAAGUCUCAGCGACCUCCGAAAGACUGCAGGUGCAUAAGCCCUUUGGGUGCCGUUGUUCCAGGGGAAGGCGUGCAGGUGUCGGUGCAUUUGUCCAGGCGAGAAAUUGGGUCACGCCAAUGGCCUGAUUGUUUUGGGGGGAACUGAGCCCCCACACCUCCCCAGUCUUCAUCUCUGAAAAUCAACCCUUCCGUGGCCCUAGAGGAGCAGUGGGGUUGGAGCUGCUCUGGAGAACUUUCGUUGCCCCGAAGGGAGCCCCCGGGUGUUUUGGAAAGCGAUAGAAUGGUUGCCUGCCAAGCUGGCUUUGGACACAGGCACUGCAAACUACUCAACAGCCAUCCAUGUGUCCUUGUUUUCCUCUGCAGUAUGAAAGCCCCUUUAAACGGCUCAAGCUUGCCCAAGACCCAGCACUUACACAACUUACACUUCCUUUCUCGUGUAGUUGGGGAAGCUUGCUGGCUGUGCACAGCCUCGCUCUCCCACACGCCCUCCUGUCUGCCCCAUUGCACUCUCAAAGGGCUGAUUUCAACUUUGUGGUAGACAGGCCCAAGUCCACUACGUUCAGCAGUGUUGUUGUCUCUUACCCCGGUGACAACCUUGACCAUCGCAUGUUUCUUCCUCUCGGCUCAGAGCUAGAGCGCGGUACCAUAGAGAGAGCCCUGCGUGGAUACAAAAUCGGUAUCUGCCUCCCCAUCUGCCAUAAUGAUCGGCAGAUAUCCAAAACCCGCAGCUGUAAAGCGGAUAUCUGCAAAUUUGCCACGUUCUACAUACAGAAGUGAAAUCGCGUCGAUCUCUGCAAAAAGGAGCCGUGGAUAUCCACAUCCACACGGCUGAUUUUCAGGGCUCUGGCCAUAGAUCCACCCUUGUCAUUCUGCUGGACGCUUCUCACCCUUUUGAGUGCAGUGGCUACAGUCUUGUGUACGAAUGGCUCUUGGGGUUGGGGAGUCCUCUCGGUGUCUGGCUGAAGGAUAUUGAAGCAGGUUAGGUCUCUGAUUUCUAGCUCCACUUAGACGCUACCAAAUGUCCUGAAUUAGACCAAUAGUAAACAGUACAGAGGCAGCUGGACCAGAGAGGAAUUCUCCUUAAAUGUACGUAGCUGGCCCUUGUCUCAGAGAAGGGAAAUGCACUUAUUGCUGCUCUUUCUCCGCCUAGGCACGUGCCUGUGUGCUUAUUGUCUGCUGUCACGCAGCCCCUUGAGAGACUCAGAGGAGAUCCUCUGGUUCCUGAACAGUGUUGCCUUUGCUGCACUGUCCAAUCCAGUUUCUAUCUCAUCGAGUCCUUUUGUCUUCUAAGCAUGGCUUUCUAAUGGCCACAUCCUGCUGCCAUUGUUCUCAGUGGAAAAACCCCCUUGGCUUCUGUGGCAUCAAGAUAGGGACAUCAAAGGGGGAAGAUUCACAUACUCUCGUGCUCGCUGCGCUGACUUUGCAGCCUGCAUUUUGCGUGCAGAGCAUAUUGUGACGGGAGGCGAGGGGGAGCCAGGUGUAUUUGUUUGGGAAUGUGAACCCGGCCCUGCACCCUUGGCUCACUCACGCCUCUUGGUUACCUGCAUGCAGGUAUUUGCAUGAGCUGUGAAUUGCUGGAUAGUUCUACGGGGGAGCCUUCCAGCGGCCUUUGGAGAGAAGGGUGGGUUGUGAACCUCCACCGUGCGCCUCUUUGCCCGCCGCGAACAUCACAGUCGGGUAACCUGACUAGAAAGGGCCCGAGUGCUGUUCUUUCCCUUUCCUCAAUCCGCACCACGCUGGUAGUAGUCGGCAGCAGGAGUAAAGCAGCGUGAGGUGUCUUUGCCCUUCGUUCCCUUCACAGCGCUAUGGCGCUGGACCGCACCAGCACUACUCUAGGCAUGUUGACUGAUUGGGGGGAAGGGGGGCAAAGGGAGCACUUACCCUGGGCGCUUUCAAUUGCUCCUGGAGCAGUGCGCUAUGGGUGGCCUUUAGGGCUGCCUGGGAAGGUGGGGGGUUCUGCAUGGCACACUCCAGGCAACACUGAGCCCCCGGGGAGGGAAGUGAUGCACCAUGUUCUGGGUAGCACUGAGGGCUGGCUGCCUGGGGGUGCAGAGCAGGCCUCCCCCGCCCCCCCCCCCGCGCGCGCCCCUCCGCCUUGCCCAUGGCCCUGGCGAGGCUGUUUGCGUCACUGGAGACCACAGACUGUCCCCAGCAACCCUUGUUGACUUACCUCUCAGCCUAACAUAUGCAUUUCUCAUGUGCCUACACAACAAUUUAGGUCAGACUUGAAAACAAAAAUCUCCAGGAUAUUGUUUCCAGUCCUGCUGUUGCUAAAGUCUAUGGGGAGCUUUUGCCACAGGCUUCACUCGGAG